GCGUUUCUGUUCAAAGUUCAUGUCAUACCAUAGCAUAGCACUUUAUAUCAUUUCGCCCUUCAUUUCAAUUUCUCAAAGCAUAGCAUACAAAUCCCAUAGCAUUUGAAGACCAUAUUUUAAGCCACCUCCCCUAAAACAUACCUGUACCAAGAUCAAAUAAUUGCUGCUAGUCAAUCAAAUUAAAAACAAUAUUAAUGAGAAAAAAUCAGACUUCAAUCUCCAUAUGAUCAAUACAAAAAUCAAGCGUGAUACACGAAUACAAUGUAUACAUGUAGCUAACCCCCGUGUUUAGUUUUCUGAAUAUAGUUAUAUAAAUGUUACAGGUGGCGCACACAACUCAAAUAACACAAAACUUUUAAAAUCAGUCAAAUGAAAUAAAACAAAUUCGAGAAAGUGAUGUUUUACAUGUCGCUAUAUUAUUGCACUUGUUGCAAUCAAAUUUAAAUACUGCAUCACUGAUUUCUAUGCACAAUGUAUGGUGUGUACACAUUUCUUCUUCAAAUGCCUUUUAUUAUUCACACAAAGAGUAAGUUAACUAAAAAGUUCUGGAAACCACUUUGUUGUUUUUUUUUUUUGAAGUUCUUUAAUUAUCAAAUACGUUUAUCAAUGAUAACGGUUACUGAUUACCAACUUGUCAAUAAUGCAGAAUGCUACUAACGAAAUCCAUUACAAAUGCAAACUGUUAAAGGUCCUAAUUAUUCUUUUGAAGUGCGUUAUUCAAGCUGUUCUUGGUAGAGAAAGGAACUUUAUUUCUCAUGAAACUUCCUCCUACAGUACAAUGAUGUUGUUACAAAUUGGUAGAUGGUGGUGGAUUUUAUACAGUUUCCUUGUGCCGUGUUAUGGCAGCCUAAAGCCGGGUUUCUCUCAACUUCAGCGAGGACACAGACUGGACGGGAAAGUAAUUCAGUCAUUCACAGAACUCAGUUUCUUGGACUGUGUGAUAGAAUGUCUAGUUACACCAAGGUGUAAAUCUGUCAACUAUUUCAAAGGGGCUAAUUUCUGUGAAAGCAAUUACGAUAAUCAGACGACAGCAGAGACUAAGUAUGUGGAGAUUGCUGGUUGGGUGUACAGUGACAAGGAACAUUGGCCAAAGGAUCUGGCUGGAGCUUGUUCAAGCUCGAAUUGUCAACUCAACGAGACAUGUAAACACAAGAGAUAUACUGAGGAUACUGUCUUUGAAUGUGUUUUGUCAGAUUGUGGAAUACCCGAUCUAAAAGGUAUAGACCUGAAUACAACACGACGUGAGGACGCCAUUGGUAUACACAGGAGGAUACACGCCUCGUGUGCUGACGGAUACUCUCAGUCUGGUUCAGGACGGCUGAAUUGUCAGUCAAACGGAGAGUGGAAAUACGACAUUGUCUGUAGAGAGGAUACUGAUGAGUGCCAGAAUGACCCAUGUCUUAACGGAGCCACAUGUACGAACACAUCCGGCUCAUUCAACUGUACAUGUGACGCCGGAUGGACCGGGAUAGUUUGUGAUGAAGAUAUCAAUGAAUGUCUUGACAAUCCUUGUCAAAACGGAGGAACAUGCAGCAACAGCGCUGGAUCUUUCACGUGUACAUGCGCUGGUGGAUUCACAGGGGCACUCUGUAAUGAAGUUCUGCCGAAUAUCGCAUUAGGUAAACCUGCCGAACAGUCAUCAACAUUACUUGACUAUAACGCCGCGGAUGCAGUGGAUGGUUACAACGGUACAGAAUUUGGCGUGGACAAGUGGUGUGCACACACAGAUGAUGGCGACACAAAUCCUUGGUGGAGGGUGGAUCUGCAGGCUGUGUAUUACAUCACAUCUGUCAGAAUACUCAACAGAGGAAGAGAUCAAUACGGAGAUUUGUCAUACCGACUUCAGGAUGUUACCGUCACUGUAGGGCUGACAGAAUCUGAUGUCAGCACUCCCUGUGGUUUCUUUGCUGGUCCCGGUACCGCGUCACAGCUGGUCGUCAUCGACUGUCCGACGUCACCACAAGGAAGAUUCGUUAAGAUCUCCAAGACAACUGAGUAUCUCACUCUUUGUGAGGUUGACGUGUUUGGCGUCUCUGUCUAAAAUUCAUUAAAGCCGAUUACUAAGCUGAAAUGUUGCCGACUUCAGACACAUGUAUAUGUUUUCGCAUCCUGAGGAGUUGAUUAUCUGUUCCUAUUCAAUGUGACUUUUCAAAUCGCUUCAAGUUAAAAUUCUACAGCUAUUGCCCUAUUUAUACCUUUAUAUGUUUUUUACUUUUAGUGUUACAUGUUUGACUUUUAUUUAUAAACUUACUUACAUUGGAUAUACAU